CAUGAUCUGUCCUAUCUCAUUUCCGUAUUAAAUUGACACUGAUGACCUGAUUCACUGAUUGUUAUCUUCGCUGGCAGUUGUUCAAUAUGUAGCGACAUGCUCAUCUAGGCACUCUUCUCCCUGCAGUAUAAACAAUGUCCAGUCUUGACACGGCCGUUUCUAGGACAAACCCUUCUAUUCAGGAUCCGGAGGACAGCAGCGAUGACGACAGUGACACCUUCCCGAGGACCCCACAUCGCUGUACAUCCGUCGUCUGUCACUGUGGUGUGUCGGAUGAAACCACGGACCUACUAGGCACUUCAAGAAACUCGACACCGCAAUCAGCUGACAUUGGCCCACUGACGAAUUCUUACUCAUCAUCUGGAAAUCAUUGUCAUGAUGAUACAGAGUUGGGGAAAGUAGACAAGGGCGCUCGGCGGAAACUUAUCAUAGCCAGUGUGCUAUGUCUUCUUUUCAUGAUAGGAGAGAUUGCCGGUGGUUUCCUGGCCCACAGUCUGGCUCUGAUCUCCGACGGGGCCCACCUCCUGACAGACUUUGCCAGCUUCAUGAUCUCACUGCUAGCCCUGUACCUCGGCACAAGGAGGUCCACUAAGAAACUCAGCUUUGGCUGGUACAGAGCUGAGGUGCUAGGAGCGCUGGUGUCCAUCCUGCUGCUGUGGGUGCUGACUGGCAUCCUGUGCUACUCGGCUGGACUCCGCAUCGUGGAGGACAACUACACCAUUGAUGCCGAAAUCAUGCUGAUAACAGCUGCUUGUGGUGUCUUCUUUAAUGUUGUCCUCGGGGUCACCCUUCAUCAAAGUGGACACGGUCACUCCCAUGGUGGGAUGUCACACGCUCACUCUCACGGUCACUCCCACAGCAUUGCCAGCAAGCCAGACCGAGGGUUUGAUUAUGGUUCCCUCACUGAUGACAGUGGCCAUUCACACAGUCGACCCAAGUAUGGCAGCAUCUCUGAAGCAAAUCAUGAGGCACAUACUGAGACACAGGAGUCCAAGAAAAAGGACAGUAAUAUCAACGUGAGAGCCGCAUUUGUCCAUGUAGUAGGGGAUCUACUGCAGAGCGUUGGAGUACUAAUAGCUGCUUUUAUUGUAUAUUUCAAGCCUGAGUGGAAGAUAGCUGACCCAAUUUGUACGUUCUUGUUUUCUGUGUUUGUCGUCGUGACAACAGUGACUAUUCUCAGGGACAUCCUGGUCGUCCUGAUGGAAGGUACCCCCAGGAACAUUAACUUUGCUGAUGUGAGGGAUGCAUUUUUCACAGUCAAGGGCAUCAAGGACAUUCACGAUCUACGUUUGUGGUCCCUCACCCUGAAUAAGACAGCACUUUCGGUUCAUAUUGCAGUUGAAAAGGAUGCAGACCCUUUAAAAGUGAUCAAGGUAGCAUCGUUCUUGAUCCAGAAGAAGUUUGGCCUAACAGAAACAACGAUGCAGAUCGAAGAGUAUACAACAGACAUGCUGAUGUGUUUACACUGCCAACACUUGAAGGAUUAGACUGUUUGUUGUCACAUCAUUGUCAUUGCUUGUUUACUGUCUUGAAACAUUGCCAGGGUGGAUGGGAACAAAGUUUCUCUGAGAUACCAGAGUUUUGGGGCAGAGGAAUCACAGGGCAGACUCUACUUCUUGGACUAUUUAGGGUAACUUGGAGAUACCAGGGUUUGGGGUUGCCAGGGCCGACACAGGUGCAUCCUAGACGUAAGGGUAACUUGGAGAUACCAGGGUUCGGGGUAGAAGGUUGACAUAGCGCUCACUAGUACAUCCUAGUCGUAAGGGUAACAUUGAGAUUAAUGGAAAAUAUUUUCGGUAUACAAGUCUCAGUGUGUGGAUGUAUAUGCGGAUGCUCUAGUCAUGUGAUCGUCCUGUUGAGGUGAGCUAAAUAUUUCUAUCUUAAAUUAUAUUUGACUUUGAGUUAUUAUUGUUCUUUAUUAGUUAUGGAACCUAUAAUUUGGUCAGUAAUCAAUGUUAAGUAUAAAGGAAUAACAUUUUACAAAGCUACCGACCUAGUUCUGAAAUACCAAGCAAACAGUGGGCAUGAGUAGAAUGCAGGGGACAAUGCAUUAUUCAAGAUAGUGAUACACAGUCCACCAAUCCAUGCUAGGAUGAAUGAAAAGUUUGUUUGUCAUGAUGAGAGAACAAUCUCAUUAAAAUCAGAUCUUAGUUUUCGCUACCGCUAAACAAAGAUCUGAGGACAUCCCAUUACGGGUCACGUCAGAACGACCUUUCGCGAAUUUUGAC